UCUCACCUGUGUUUGAUGACCCCUGUCUAUUUAGUUUCUGUGUUUCUUCCCUCCUGUGUCAGUUCAUUGCAUGUUGUAUGUGUUUUUAAUGGAACUCGUGGAGGCCAGAGAAGAAGGACUGGAGGCCACGGGGCCCGUCGUCCUCUCCUUCCUCCACUGCCCAGCACCCCAGAGUCUCUGCCUCAGCCCAGGCAUCAACUCCGGCCUCAGCUUCCCUGUGUUUCUGUCCCUGUACCAGUUCCGGCAGAGCGCCGUCUGACUCCUGUGUCUCUGUGGGAGGUUCUGCCCACUCCUGUUUCCUGGUUGGAGGUCCUGCCCACUCUCGUGUCUCCGUGGGAGGCCCCGCCCACUCCCGUGUCUCUGUGGGAGGUCCUGCCAACUCCUGUUUCGUCGUCAGAGGCCCUGCUGACUCCUGUGCCCUCGUCGAAGGCCCUGCUGACUCUGUGUUUCCGUGGGAGGUCUGGCCUCUCACUGGUCCCGUGGGUUCAUCUAGUCGGCCUUCCGGCCGCCCACCCAAACUGCUCCCUGGGUUUGGUCGGCCUCCUGGCCGUCCGCCUGAACUUUCCAGGCUAUGUGCCCUGCCUCCAGGCCGUCCACCUGAAGGUCCGGAGUUGUUAUCUUUUUUUAUUAUCUAUUGUUGUUAUCUUUAUGGUUUGUGUGUAAUGUUGUCUGUUAGUCUGUCCUUACUGUGCUGUUCUUUCUGUUUUUAACUAUUGUACAGCGCUUAUAAAUAACAUUUAUUAUUAUGUGUGUAAAUAAUGCUGUUAUGAGAUAUGAAACACAACCAGUAGUCAAUGUACAAGCUGCCAAUUGAAUGGUAAAUCUAAGCUACUCUAUAAAUGGGUUCAUUUAUUUAUG